AUGGCAGAGUUCACCCACGUUGGCAAACAUUGUUCACAAGAAACCUGCAAUGCGCUCGAGGUGUUGGUAGAUUGCCUUCUACCAUCGGGCAUCAUCGUGCCUCUGAAAUGCAAUCGGGAGGCCACACUCCGCCAGAUAAAGGAGAAUCUCUUCAACGAAGCACAAUACUACCCGCUGUUCUUCAUGUUGAAAGAACCAAAAAUCUACGUUUUUCGGUCGAUACUCCUCUCCUCCGACUGCUCGGAGUUCUUCGACGAGACCAGACGUCUCUGCGACUUGCGGCUCUUCAAGCCCAUGCUCCAGCUCGUUGAGGCGGGAUCCAACGCCGAAGAGCAGAAAAUCGAGGAGGAGAUCCACCAGGCCGUGGGCGGCUACAUACGUGACUUCGCGAACGAAGACGACGACGAAGUUGUCAGUUUCCGGAGGAAUAUCAUGAUGUCCUGCGGGAGAACGGUCACCAAGCGUGACCGGGGGAGCGUCGACGACAAGCUCGGCUACAUCUACCCACCCGACAUCGAGGUGAAUGCGGAGCUCCCAAUGAACGUCGCUCUCUCACCGAAAGGAAUUUUCGAAGUCAACGUCUGGGUCAGCAUGGGCAACGACAAGCACGAUCCGUGCCUCGUGCCGGUCACCGUGGACAUGACACCGCAGUCUCUUCUCAGCAGAACGGUGGCCUCUUGCGCGAGCGCAUCCCGGAUCGACUUCGAAAAAGAACCUCAUCUGAUCAAGGUUUGCGGGAUGAACCAGUACCUGCUCGGUGAGCAGAGACUCAUUCAGUACAAGUACAUCCGCGAGUGUUUGGUCAAGUCGUCGGUGCCGCAGCUGAUCCUGGUGCCGAAGAAGAAAGUCUACGACAACAUUCCGGACUCCGGUUUCGUAAUGCCCGCCUACGCUCGACGGAAAACCGGGGCGGACCUAUCCACGACGCAGUCGCUCUACCAGAUCAACGAUAAAUUCAAAGUCAGGAUCAUGUCGGCCUAUUAUCUGAACGUCGACAACAGCUGCCCGGAAUGGAAACAGCUGCUGAGGUUCAAUCUCGACGUGCCGGAUAUCCCGCGGAGCGCCCGACUCUGUUUGUCUGUUUGUGCGGUCCUGAAGAAAAGUCGCGAGAGCGUCCUGAUCGCUUGGGCGAACAUUCCGUUGUUCGAUUCCAAGAACGUUCUCGUGAGCGGCAAAAUGAACCUGUCGCUGUGGCCCGUCCCCAAGGGCAUGACCGACCUGCUGAAUCCUUUGGGCACGACCGCGAGUAACAGGAAGAGUGAGAGCGCCGGUCUGCUGAUCGAGUUCGAUAAAUACUCGCCCAACGUUCGCUAUCCGAUGUUCGAGGAAGUAUGUGCCAGCGGUGUGCGCUUCACUGAGACCCCUGGAAUUCCGACGCGGGCUCAGGUGGACCAGCUGCACGACAUCAUCAACAGAGACCCUCUCUACGAAUUGACGGAACAGGACAAGGAACUGCUGUGGGAGUUCCGAUACUAUUUACGAAAAAACAUCCCGAACUCGCUGCCGAAACUCCUCGACUCGAUCAUGUGGAACCAGCGACGGAGAGUCAGCGAGAUCUACCGACUUCUCAAAGAGUGGCCGUACGUGUCCCCGGAAAUCGCCCUCGAGCUGCUCGACUGUAAAUACCCCGAUUAUUUUGUGCGAGAACGCGCCGUGCAGUGGCUCUGUGAUAUUCUUGCCAACAAGGUUCUGGCGCAAUAUCUCCUGCAGCUGGUGCAGGUGCUCAAAUUCGAGCCGUACCUGGAUAAUCCGCUGGGCACUUUCCUACUAGAACGAUCUCUCCUAAACUAUAACAUUGGUCACUAUUUUUUUUGGCAUUUGAAGUCCGAAAUGCACGAUCCCUCGGUCGCGCUGAAGUUCGGUCUGCUGCUCGAGGCCUUCUGCCGCGGCAUGGGCUCCCAUCUUCGGGCUGUUGUGAAACAGGUGGCCGCCCUGGACAAGCUCACCUUGCUCACCGAAGCGCUCAAGUCGGACGCUUGCAAGGACAAAAAAGCGUUCUUGGAGAAACAAUUGCAACAACAGGAUUACAUGGAGGCGUUGGAGAAUCUCCAAUCGCCUCUGAACAACGCUCUCACGCUGGGAACCCUCAUCCCGAACCAGUGCCGGGUCAUGAGUUCGGCGAAGAAGCCGCUCUGGCUCAUUUGGAGGAACCCCGACUUCGCCGGGGACGUUGGCACCCUGCGACACCAUCAGCUCAUUUUCAAGAACGGCGACGAUUUGCGUCAAGACAUGCUCACCCUCCAAGUCAUCCGGAUCAUGGACUCGAUCUGGAAGCGAGAAGGCCUCGACCUUCGCAUGAUGCCGUACGCGUGUCUGUCGACCGGGGAAAACGUCGGCAUGAUCGAGGUGGUCAAGAACGCGAUGACGGUGAUGGACAUUCAGAGAACGGGCCGCCUGUCGAAGUUUCAGUUCGACUCCAAUCAGCUGCACCGGUGGAUCAAGGAGAAGAACGAGGACGAGACCCGAUACACGCAGGCGGUCGAGACGUUCACGUACAGCUGCGCUGGCUACUGUGUCGCGACGUUCAUUCUCGGGAUCGGCGAUCGAAAUCCCGAUAACAUCAUGGUCAACGAGGACGGCCAGAUAUUCCACAUAGACUUCGGGCAUUUCCUGGGACAUUUCAAAAAGAAGUUCGGCAUCAAUCGGGAACGUGUGCCGUUCGUACUUACCGAGGACUUCCUCAAGGUGAUCGCUCGCGGCGAGGAUCAGCCAAUCAAAAGUGUUCAUUUCACCAACUUCCAAACACUUUGUUUCAAGGCGUAUUCACUACUGCACAAGCAUUCGCGGCUCUUGAUUACGUUGUUCACGAUGAUGCUGUCGACGGGCAUCCCGGAACUGCAGAGCAUCGAAGACAUUGGUUACAUUCGGAAAACGCUGCAGGUCGAAAAGAGCAGCGAGGACGCUUUAACGUAUUUCCAGACGCGACUGAGCGAAGCCUACGACGGCGCUUGGAGCACCAAGAUCGACUGGUUCUUCCACAGUGUGAAACACAUCAAGGAUCACUACAGCGCUCUCAAGCACUCGUGUGUGAAUGACAAACGUCUCAGCGAAGAAGAGGUGGGGAGACUCCAGAAAGCCGGGAUAUCGCAUUUCUGCUCAUUUUCUGGCUGUCUGGGCAAGGAAGUCGUGGCCGUCGUGUGUCAUUUCUGCGGAGUGAACUUCUGUCUGCGUCAUAGACAUCCUCCGGAUCAUGAGUGUCCGAAAGCACCGAAACCGACGGAGCACAUGCCCAAGACCAAGGCGGUCGUCCAGGAGAUUCUCGCAAAGCGAAAUGCCCCCGCUGCGGCGCCAAAGAAUGAGCUGAGCCCGACGGCGCGGAAGGUCAAGCUGAUGAAGCUGAAACUGAAGGCGAAAGGCGAUAAGGGACUCCCGGUCGGGGAACGAUUCCAUCUCGAAGUGAGGACACCUGACGGUCAGGAGAAACCUUUCUUCUUCUCGAAGCUGUGGUCCAUCGGGCGUUGCGUCGACUUCGUUUGUGAUCUAGAGAAAAUCGCCAACCACAACAAUCGAGCCGACGCGAAGAAGCUCCUGUUUCAGCUGGAGAACGAAGAAAGCACUCUCGAGAUGAAGUGCAUCCUACAGGACCUCAUCGAGCAGAAUAAACUCCAAGAGGCUGACAGGAUCCUUCUCGCCUACCACGAGCCGGGAAAAUGAAUCCGACCAGCAUCGAAGCUCCAAUAAACCAUCGUGUGUUUCUAUUAUUU